CCUCUCGCGAGGAAACACUGAAAAAUUCCAUCGGGAAAUCCCCUCGGUUCGGUGACAACAACGAAAUCGACUCGGUUUUAGUUUUUGUUUUAUUUAUCCCGAAGAGAAUAAGAAAUUUUCUGUAAUUUUUUGUUGUGGGUGAAGUGGUUUGAUUUUGGCCUUUACUUCUUCGCGUCGGGUUAAAAAGUCGCCAAAACGCGGUCUGACGAGGCGAACCCAGUGGAGCGCGGGUACCCAACCACGUCUCCCUGGUCCCUCUCGCUCACCACCCCCGAGUUGGACCCGGUUGCGGCGGCCUGGGGGAGGAAAUUAUAUCCCGGAACAGGCACAACAAGAGUUUCCGGACCAGGACUCAUGUUUGGCUUACACCACCAUCAAGAUGCAGCAGGACUGCAUCAUCAUCAUCAACCGCGAGGACCCAGCCUUAAAGAGGAACCACUCACAGCAACAAGAUCUUGGAUGCAACCGACGGUUCCUGAUCAAAAUGGGAUCGGAGUCGGAAGGGCGCACUUCGAGAAGCAACCUCCAAGCAACCUACGAAAAUCGAACUUCUUUCACUUCGUUAUCGCCCUAUAUGACCGAGCCGGCCAACCCAUUGAAAUCGAAAGGACCGCUUUUAUUGGAUUUAUCGAAAAAGACCAGGAAGCUGAUGGCCAAAAAACGAAUAAUGGCAUCCAAUACAGACUACAAUUGCUUUAUGCGAACGGUGUCAGACAAGAACAGGACAUCUACGUGAGGCUCAUAGAUUCAGUUACGAAGCAGGCUAUAAUCUACGAAGGACAAGAUAAAAAUCCUGAAAUGUGCCGAGUUCUUCUAACCCACGAAAUAAUGUGCAGUCGAUGUUGUGACAAAAAAAGUUGUGGCAAUAGAAACGAAACGCCGUCGGAUCCUGUGAUAAUAGACAGAUUCUUUCUCAAAUUCUUCCUUAAGUGCAACCAAAACUGUUUGAAGAAUGCCGGAAAUCCCAGGGAUAUGAGACGAUUUCAGGUUGUAAUAUCGACUCAAGUUUCGGUGGAUGGGGCGUUAUUAGCGAUAUCCGAUAACAUGUUCGUCCAUAACAAUUCGAAACAUGGCAGACGGGCGAAGAGGUUGGAACCCAGCGAAGGUAGUUAUAUGAACAGUUUAUAUCCACCAUUACCAGUUGCGACACCUUGUAUAAAAGCGAUUAGUCCCAGUGAGGGAUGGACGUCUGGCGGGGCAACGAUUAUGAUUGUGGGGGAUAAUUUCUUUGAUGGGCUUCAAGUUGUUUUUGGGACAAUGUUAGUUUGGAGUGAGUUGAUUACACCGCAUGCAAUAAGAGUACAAACACCCCCGAGACACAUACCUGGAGUGGUGGAAGUUACGUUAUCUUAUAAAUCGAAGCAAUUCUGCAAAGGCGCACCGGGGAGAUUCGUUUAUGUUUCAGCAUUGAACGAGCCGACGAUAGACUACGGUUUCCAAAGGUUACAAAAGUUGAUACCGAGGCAUCCCGGCGACCCAGAGAAACUUCCAAAGGAAAUCAUCUUGAAAAGGGCGGCGGAUCUCGCCGAGGCUCUCUAUACGAUGCCCAGAAAUAAUCAGUUAUCUUUAGCAGCACCCAGAUCGCCUACGAUGGCCAAUAAUGCGAUGACGACCAGUUUCAACACGUACACGGGCCAACUCGCUGUUAGCGUGCAAGACAGCGGAAACGGUCAGUGGACAGAAGAGGAGUACGCCCGCGCGCAAAGUAGCAGCGUCUCACCGAGGGGCGGCGGUUAUUGUUCGAGCGCUUCCACACCUCACUCUUCGAACGGUGGUGGUUCUUAUGGUGGAGGAAGUACCACCAAUAUGAACGGAUAUGGGGGUGCUACACCCACAAGCACAUCUCAGCUCUCGAACAUGUUACCAGGAUCGCCAUCGGCCGGAAUUUUUAAUUCAACCCCAAGAAUGGGUUUAGUUUCUUCACCGUUUGCAUCGAUGAAUCCAUUCGCCUUACCAACCUGCAACGCUCAGGGAUAUGGUACAAGUCCAUUGGUGGGUACAACAAAAUAGCCCGCCGAUACUGAGCCAAUAAGUCCAAGAGAACAAGAUCCAACCGAAACCUCUAGUGCAAUGUAUCAAGUGUAACGCCAAAAAAGAUUGACUCCAAAAUAAAUUACGUAGAUUUUUGACUUUGUGCGAAUAAAUUAUAAGUACUGUUCUUCAACACCUAUGCAACUGUGAUCGUAACUUUCGCUGUAUUUUCAACGUUUCGUUUCAAAAGUUUGCAAGAAAUCAAAAAAAAUUGUUAUCGGAAUUUGGAAAUGUUGAAAAUUCUAGCUUAAAAAUGUAAUCUUAAUAAAACGUAGCGUUCUUGCACAUAUUAAAGAAGUACACAAAUUUACACGGUUUUGGAUGCGAGUAAUAACAUUUCUAGUUUGUUUUUUCUUAUCACAUCGGAUUUAGACAUCAAAACCAAAUUAAUAUCUUUACAAUUUAAAAUCAAACUUGUGUUCUUGUUUUUUUGUGAUCAAAAAUUUUUUGCCAAAUAACUUUUUUUCUGGAAGCAGAUUUUAAAACUGAAACUUGAGUCUUUAUGAAUUUAGGACCUUAAGUAACCCUUCAACUUAGUGUCUAAAAUUGUUUGUUCAAUGUAAAGCUUAGAUAUUCUGGAAAUUAUAUCUUUCUGCAAUGUGACAUAAAGUUUAAAUAUGAAUCUCUACGCAAUUUAGUACUUGAAUCAUUGUUCAAAAUGAUUUCCAAAUUUAUUACCAUCUCUGCAAACAUAUUUUCAAACCGAAACCUGACUUAUUCUUUGAGGACUUUAACUCAUUUCACAAUACGUUGCCAUUAUGAUCUGCCAGGCGCAGUAUGCUUCAAGUUUCGUGCACCAGAUGUUCUAACGUCCCUAAAGUAUCCAUUCUGCAAUUUUCUUCACUUCUUUGUCGCCCUGCAUCUUUGCUAAAUGUCCCAGCCAUGCUAUUCUCUGUGCUUUCUUGUGUUCUACUAUGUCUGUAGUAGAGUUGAUCCAAUAUUUUGUUCAUUCUUAUUCUCUAGAAUACUUAGUGUCAAAAGUAUUCUAGCCUCGAUUUUUUUAAACAUUACUUCUCUACCUCCCAAAUAUAUGAAACUUUGUACUCGUUCAAAUUUUAUCAAAAUUUCAAAUAUUGUUUUCUCAAAAACUAAAAGUUAUUU